AUCUAACUGGCAACAUAUGUGGAUGCGUGAAAGCCACUCUUCGAGCAAAUCGAUUUUUUUUUAAUCGUUUUAAUGUUUUGUUUUCCAGAUUAAAAGUGCAAUUUCACCAAACUAAGCGACACCUUGGCUAAAUUGGACUUUAUUUUGAAAUGAACGGAAGUGUGUGAUACGUUAGUCGACAACAGCUCUUGUGGCUGCUUGGCUCGUCUCCCUUGCUUUUUUGUUGUUGACAUCAUAAAACGGGAAAACGUUUUGAAAACGGUCUUGGGCAAACGUAUCUCUAAUACAGCACUCCUCUAUUUCGAAUCGACACAAGCUUGUUCUGUUUCUCCUACACGUCAGUGAGCACCAUGGGACGGAUCUUCUUGGACCACAUUGGAGGCACUCGACUGUUCUCCUGUGCCAACUGCGACACCAUUCUGACCAACCGAGCGGAGCUCAUCUCCACCCGCUUCACUGGAGCGACCGGCCGGGCCUUCUUGUUCAAUAAGGUUGUAAAUCUCCAGCACAGCGAGGUUCAAGACAGGGUCAUGCUGACGGGAAGACACAUGGUGCGCGACGUCAGCUGCAAGAACUGCAACAGCAAGCUGGGUUGGAUGUACGAAUUUGCCACGGAGGAAAGCCAGCGCUACAAGGAGGGCAGAGUCAUCCUGGAGAGGGCGCUGGUGAGGGAGAGCGAGGGCUUCGAGCACGUGCCCGCCGCCAACUCUUGAGCCCGCGGCGGCGACCGGACUGCUUCCACGUCAGCUUCGCCUCCAAGAGCAGCCCCGCCGAUCCGCACGCCGGGGGAGCUGUGACAACGGCAACGUAAUAUCGGGGGUUCAAACAUGAAGAGGUGCAACGUGCAAGUGUGACAACACUGAUUGCUUCCAUUUCUCUUUCUCGUGGUUUGGAUUUCAUUGCGUUUUACACACUGCGACGUUCAUCGUGGUGCGAGGUUGUCGGAGAAGCUUGGUCACAAACAAUCAUCUUAAAAACUGAAGUUUGUGAACUUGGCCCAAUGUAGACUGUUCAGUCUGAUUCAGUGGGGGGAAUGAUACAAUAUCAUAUUUUGCACCAUUCAGUUUAGUGUGAUGCCAGUUAUUUGAAAUGUUUUCAUUUAAACAUGAUCAUAUAGAUCGAGCUCAGGUGUCAAACUCAUGGCCCGGGGGCCACAUGUGGCCCGCCAUGUCAUUUUAUGCGGCCCGUGAAAGCAAGUCAUGUUCAUCAACUUUAAUGAUUUUUGCUUAAAGCUCUACACAAAUUCCAGAUUCUCAUUAUAAUAAACAAUGUUACGAUAAUGCAUAUUACUGUUGCCCAACCGUUUUUAUACACUAACUUAAACAAUACUUCACCUAACUGUUAUCCACGUCUUCUGUUUGCAUAAUUGGUUAUGGUUGUGGAUUGAAAAAAUAUAUUUGGUGAUUAAACUAUGGCCCAGGACAAAAAUGAGUUUGACACCCCUGAUAUAGGCUAUCUGAUGGAAUCCAUUUUGAUAUUUUUCUAUUACUGGACUUUAGUGUUUCCCCUGACAUCAUCUGUACAUGUAUAUGCCCUUUUGAUUCAUUUUUCCUGCCAAGUUGAUUGAUUGCGUUUGGUUAAAUGUAAUUUAUCUUCACUAUUUGCAGUGAUAAAUGCAUACAGUACUUCUAUA